CUUGAGCAGCAGCACAUCACCGCUGUCGAGGGCAUCAUCCCCACUCUUCAAAACAUCGUUGCUACUGUGAACUUGGACUGUCGGUUGGACCUCAAGACCAUUGCUCUGCAUGCUCGUAAUGCAGAGUAUAAUCCUAAGCGUUUUGCAGCUGUUAUUAUGCGUAUACGUGAACCGAAGACGACUGCACUCAUUUUCGCAUCGGGCAAGAUGGUCGUCACUGGUGCAAAGUCCGAGGACGACUCGAGACUCGCGUCUCGAAAGUAUGCUCGUAUCGUGCAGAAGCUUGGGUUCGACGCCAAGUUCUCUGAAUUCAAAAUUCAGAACAUUGUUGGUAGCUGUGAUGUCAAGUUCCCCAUUCGGUUGGAGGGUCUUGCAUACAGUCACGGGCAGUUCAGUAGUUAUGAACCUGAGCUUUUCCCUGGUCUUAUCUACCGCAUGAUCAAACCGAAGGUCGUGCUGCUGAUCUUCGUCUCUGGCAAGAUCGUGCUUACUGGCGCGAAGGUCAGAGAGGAGAUCUACACUGCGUUCAACACUAUAUAUACCGUGUUGUGCGAAUUCAAAAAGCCAUAA